AUGUCUAAACUACCGGUAUUAAUUUUUUCUAAUCUUUUUAUCAGAUUUAGAAUUGUAUUUAAAUUGUCUUUAAAAUGUAGUUUAUUGCCCAAUUUGACAAUGAGUGUAAGUGCAGCAUCAGUUGCUUCAACGGCUACCCAAGAAGAGCAAGAAGUGGAUGAUUUCGGUCCACAACCAAUAACAAAAUUAGAAGGCAAUGGAAUUAACUCUGGAGACAUUAAGAAGCUCAUUGAAGCAGGCUACCAUACUAUCGAAUCAGUUGCUUUUGCACCCAAAAAGUACCUCCUCUCCAUUAAGGGUGUUUCAGAGCAAAAAGCAGAUAAAAUUCUAACAGAAGCAGCUAAAUUAGUACCAAUGGGCUUUACUACAGCUACAGAAUUUCAUCAAAAGAGAUCUGAAAUUAUACAGUUAACCACUGGUUCCAAAGAGCUAGACAAAUUGUUGGGUGGUGGCAUUGAAACAGGAUCUAUUACUGAGAUUUUUGGUGAAUUUCGUACAGGAAAAACACAAUUGUGCCAUACUUUAGCUGUUACAUGUCAGUUACCUGUUGAAAGUGGUGGAGGAGAAGGCAAAUGCCUGUACAUUGAUUCUGAAGGGACUUUUCGCCCGGAACGUCUAUUAGCUGUAGCUGAACGAUAUCAAAUGACUGGACAAGAUGUUUUAGAUAAUGUAGCAUAUGCUAGAGCUUAUAAUACAGAUCACCAAACAAGUUUACUUAUACAAGCAUCUGCUAUGAUGGCAGAAUCUAGGUAUGCCUUAUUAAUUGUAGAUAGUGCAAUGGCACUUUAUAGAACCGAUUAUUCAGGAAGGGGAGAAUUGUCAGCCCGACAAAUGCAUUUAGCACGGUUUUUAAGGAUGUUGUUACGUUUAGCUGAUGAGUUCGGAGUAGCAGUAGUUAUAACAAAUCAAGUUGUCGCCCAAGUAGAUGGAGCUGCGAUGUUCAAUGCUGAUCCAAAAAAGCCCAUCGGCGGUAACAUAAUGGCUCAUGCUUCCACGACAAGAUUGUAUCUAAGAAAAGGUAGAGGCGAAACUCGAAUGUGUAAAAUCUAUGAUUCUCCAUGUUUACCAGAAUCGGAAGCUAUGUUUGCUAUAAAUGCUGACGGUAUAGGUGAUGCAAAGGAAUAA